AUGCCCAUUACGCCGAAGAAGCAAACAAUACUCCCGACCUGGUCAAAACGAUCCUUAGAAAAGAUAUAUCAGAGGCCAGAGACUUUCAUACAAUAUAUAUCGCGCCGGAGAAAUCUAUCCGUUUGUAAGGGAUGGCAAAAAUUCUCCCGGCCUGCCGACAUUCACAGUCACGCCAAGUGGCAAGCUAUUUGCGAGUCGUGGAAUAGUCUUUUCUUUUAUUUUCUGCGCGCUAGGGGGUAUCUGGCUUCUCAAGUAUCUCUCCCGGAGAUGAAACCUGUUCCGUGGUUUGACCAGGAAGAUUUCCAAGAAGGUUUUCGAGCCUGGCUGAAGGAUGUGAAAGCUGCCGGUCUGGAUCUGGAAAGGUUGGGCGCAAUCGAGUGGUGCAUUUGGAAGAACGAAAGUACCCAGAGAGAAUUCAACGGCGGUUUGCACAGAGUGACUAGAAUCGCUUACGGUCCACUCCCGGAAGAUUGGGGCAUUUGGCUGUCGGAGCCAUCUGAUCCUUUCGCACGGGAUUUUUGGGCCUUAGUCGCGCGGCCAGCUGAGAUCAUGCCAGGGGGCUGGCCAGGCGAAUAA